AAAAUGUGUGUCAGCAGCAGCAGCGGCAGCCACGAUGAGGCCCCUGUCCUGAGCGACAAGCACCUGGACGUGCCCGACAUCAUCAUCACCCCUCCAACCCCCACAGGCAUGAUGCUGCCCAGAGACUCCAGGAGGACAGUCUGGCUGGAUGAGACAGGGUCAUGCCCAGAUGACGGAGAAAUCGACCCUGAAGCCUGAGAGGAGUCCCAGAGCGGGGAUCUGUAAGCAGCUCCUGCUCCAGUGCCCCUUGCCCAGGUGUCCGGGGACCUGGCUGCCUGUGGCAGGUGUGCUCAGUUCCCUGGAUGGAAACUCGGUGAAUCUGGCCUGUACCACAACAGGAGUGAGGACC